AUGGCAAAAUCACUCUUCAGACCCGGAGCACUCGCACUCAUCAGCGGCUCCGCUUCUGGCGUAGGCUAUGCCUUCGCAGCACACUGCCGCCGACAAGGGAUGAACCUUGCGCUCCUCGACAUCAACAAGGACACGCUCACCCAAGCCAAGUCCACCUUAGAAUCCAUCUCAUCCGCCGAGAACACCAAAGUACAAACCUACGCCCUUGACGUCUCGGACCACAACGCAUGGCUCGCGGUCCGGGACUCCCUCACCGAAACAUUCCCUUCCAACGAAGGAACCAUCGACGUCCUUCUCCUCAACGCCGGCACCUCGGUUAAAUCCACCACAGCGCAACCCUGGGAAGACAUCAACUACUUCACGAAAACACUCAACACGAAUCUCUUCGGCGUGAUCAACGGGCUGAGCACACUUCUCCCGCUGGUCCAGAAAUCCAGGGGCCCGUCCGCCAUCAUCCUGACCGGCAGCAAGCAAGGCAUCACGAAUCCACCAGGCAACCCGGCGUACAACGCGAGCAAAUCCGCCGUCAAGACGCUGGCCGAGCAGCUUGCGUAUAGUCUGCGCACGAGCGGGAACGCGAGCUUCGCGCCCCACGUCUCCGUGCACCUGCUCGUGCCGGGCUGGACGUUCACCGGAUUGAGUGGGAAUGCUGGGCCUGUGAGCGAUGAUGUGGCACGGGAGAAGAAGCCCAAGGGCGCGUGGUUGGCGAGUCAAGUGGUUGAGUUUGGCGUGCAGAAGAUUGAGGAGGGGAAGUUCUAUGUGCUUGUGCCGGAUGAGGAUGUUGAUGAGCAGCUCGAUCAGGCGAGGGUUACUUGGGCUGCUGGGGAUGUUAGUGAAGGAAGAGCCGCGUUGAGUCGUUGGGAGGAUGGGUGGAAGGAUCGUGCGGCCGAGUGGAUUGGGGGUGAGGCCGAGAGGAGGAGGAAGUUGUAG